GUCAGCGUGUCUGGAUCCUGCUUCUCUCAAAUCCUCCCGACUGUGUAUCGAGGGCAGCUAGAGGAGGUGGCGGAUGAGGGAGAUUAUCCACGCGACAACGCGCGAGCGUUCACCGUACACAGGCGCUUCAGACGAAGCGAACAGGUGGCUGUCUAGAAGAAAAUGGGCAACGGUGACUCGAAACUCCACUUCAGAAAAGCUGUGAUACAACUUACAACCAAAACACAGCCCGUGGAGGCCACGGACGAUGCAUUCUGGGACCAGUUCUGGGCGGACACUUCCACCACUGUGCAGGAUGUGUUUGCUCUGGUGCCAGCGGCAGAGAUACGAGCCGUCAGGGAGGAAUCCCCAUCCAACCUGGCAACCCUUUGCUACAAGGCAGUUGAGAAGCUUGUCCAGGGCGCUGAUUCUGGUUGUCCCUCUGAGAGACAGAGACAGAUCGUCCUGAACUGCACUCGUCUCCUCACCCGUAUCCUGCCGUACAUCUUUGAAGAUGCUGACUGGAGAGGGUUCUUCUGGUCCACCGUGCCCGGCGCUGGACGAGCUAGGCAGGAUGAAGGUGAUGAUGAUGAUGGAUCCAGGCCCCUGGCAGAGUCUCUCCUCCUGGCUGUAGCUGACCUGCUCUUCUGUCCAGACUUCACCAUCCAGAGCCACCACAAGACCAGCCCAGACGGCGCCGAGGACAUGCAGUCAAUCGACAGCUGUGAGUACAUCUGGGAGGCAGGGGUAGGGUUCGCUCAGUCCCCUCAACUCAACUACACCCACGACCUCAACAGGACGGAGCUGUUGAAACUGCUGCUGACCUGUUUCUCAGAGGCCAUGUACCUGCCUCCCUCCACGGACAACCUCUGUCUCAACCCCUGGGUGACUUUCUUCUGCUCCACUGACAACAGACACGCCCUGCCUCUCUUCACGUCUCUCCUCAACGUGGUAUGUGCUUACGACCCCGUCGGCUACGGCAUCCCCUACAACCACCUCAUGUUCUCAGACCCCCGGGAGGUUCUGGUGGAGCAAGCCGUUCAGAUCCUCAUAGUGGCCCUGGAGCACGGUGCCUGGCCGGCCCGGCCCAGCGCCGACUUCUCCAGCUCCACCUCUGGCAUGGAGGACCACGAGGUACAUUCACAAAAUCGGCCUGUGGGACCUGAUAAUCUGUUUGUAAACUACCUCUCCAGAAUCCACCGAGACGAGGACUUCAGUUUUAUCCUGAAGGGCGUGGCAAGACUUUUGACCAACCCCCUGAUCCAGACCUACCUGCCCAACUCCACCAAGAAGAUCCAGUUCCACCAGGAGCUGUUGGUGCUCUUCUGGAAGCUCUGUGAUUUCAAUAAGAAGUUCCUGUUCUUUGUGUUAAAGAGCAGUGAUGUUCUGGAUGUCCUGGUGCCUAUCCUAUUUUAUCUGAAUGACGCACGGGCUGACCAGUCUCGUGUGGGCCUGAUGCACAUUGGUGUGUUCAUUUUGCUGUUGCUGAGUGGGGAGAGGAACUUUGGAGUGCGUCUGAAUAAACCCUACACAGUUCGGGUGCCCAUGGACAUCCCUGUGUUCACUGGGACCCACGCUGACCUGCUGAUUGUGAUUUUCCACAAGAUCAUCACAGGUGGACACCAACGUCUGCAGCCCCUGUUCGACUGCCUGCUCACUGUCAUAGUGAAUGUGUCUCCCUACCUGAAGAGCCUGUCCAUGGUGGCAGCCAACAAACUGCUCCACCUCCUGGAAGCCUUCUCCACCAACUGGUUCCUGUUCUCUUCCUCCCAGAACCACCAUCUGGUCUUCUUCCUGCUCGAGGUCUUCAACAACAUCAUCCAGUAUCAGUUUGACGGUAACUGCAGCCUUGUCUACACCAUCAUCCGAAAGCGCAACGUCUUCCACCAACUGGCCAAUCUGUCUUCUGACCCGGACUCCAUCCAAAAGGCACUACAGAAGAAGAAGAAGAAACAGAAAACAACGUCAGCCGGAAUCUCCCGUACCAACUCCCAGGAGACUGUCUCCAUGGAGGGGUCUCGACCAGCUAUCCCAGCUGAACCAGGGACACUCAAAGCCAGCCUUGUGGCCAUGCCAGCUAUUGACAAGCUCACUGAAAAGGCUCAGGUAUCUGAGGACGGUACCAUGGUCUGUCUCCAGCAAAACACACACUCUCCACAGACGACCACUGACCAGCACAGACACACUCCCCAACCCACACAUACCCCCCAGCCUCAUACGGCCGGUGACCAGCACACACACUCUCCACAGUCUGCAGCUGACACCAGCGCCAUAGCAGCGCCCAGCGACACAGAAUCCAACUCUGGGAGAGACAAUGAGGUAGGAGCUCUGAACGGAGGGACGAUGAGGUAGGAUCUCUGAAGGGAGAGACGACGAGGUAGGAGCUCUGAAGGGAGAGACGACGAGGUAGGAGCUCUGAAGGGAGAGACGACGAGGUAGGAGCUCUGAAGGGAGAGACGAUGAGGUAGGAGCUCUGAAGGGAGAGACGACGAGGUAGGAGCUCUGAAGGGAGAGACGACGAGGUAGGAGCUCUGAAGGGAGAGACGACGAGGUAGGAGCUCUGAAGGGAGAGACGACGAGGUAGGAGCUCUGAAGGGAGAGACGAUGAGGUAGGAGCUCUGAAGGGUGAGACUAUGAGGUAGGAGCUCUGAAGGGUGAGACGAUGAGGUAGGAGCUCUGAAGGGAGAGACGAUGAGGUAGGAGCUCUGAAGGGAGAGACGAUGAGGUAGGAGCUCUGAAGGGAGAGACGAUGAGGUAGGAGCUCUGAAGGGAGAGACGAUGAGGUAGGAGCUCUGAAGGGAGAGACGAUGAGGUAGGAGCUCUGAAGGGAGAGACGACGAGGUAGGAGCUCUGAAGGGAGAGACGACGAGGUAGGCGCUCUGAAGGGAGAGACGACGAGGUAGGCGCUCUGAAGGGAGAGACGACGAGGUAGGAGCUCUGAAGGGAGAGACGACGAGGUAGGAGCUCUGAAGGGAGAGACGGUGAGGUAGGAGCUCUGAAUGAUGAGACGGUGAGGUAGGAGCUCUGAAGGGAGAGACGAUGAGGUAGGAGCUCUGAAGGGAGGGACGACGAGGUAGGAGCUCUGAAUGAUGAGACGGUGAGGUAGGAGCUCUGAACCCAAUAUACUUUCUGAAGUGUUGAAGAGAGAAUGUGGUUGUUUCCAGUCCACAUUAAAAUGUAAUACUUUUUAAAGGAGGCCAAAUUUCUUCAUCGUUACUUCCAACUGAUUUUUGUAACACAUAGACAUUUAAAUGUUUGCAAAGAAAAAACCUACUGAGCUUGUUGAGUAGUGGUGCCUGUCUUAUACCUUCCCAGGAGGUCUCUCAGGUAGAGGCGGAGCUGACCAGGA